AUGUACGGAUACGUCUUCAAUGUCCCUCUCCCCAUCCCCACGAACCGCAAGUUCGCACUACCUACCCGCAGCACCCUCUCCCCCUCCCACCACGCCGCCAUCCUAUCCUCCCUCGGCCAACGCCAAAUCGCGCAGCAAUCCAAGAAGGACAUAACACCCGCUCUCCGCUCUUCCAUCAUCUCCGACCUCCAACCUCGCCAGCAUGUCGGCCCGUUCCAGACUCCCACGCAGAAAUCAGAAUGGGUGACGCUAAUGGCCAACGACAAGAAAGAGCAAGCAGAGCAAAUGCAGGCCACCGCAGACAUGUACGGCACCUUUGACGACGCUGCGCGCGCCAUGGCCGACGCCUUGCAAUCUGACCCCGAGCUGGGAUUAUCGCGCGAGGAACAGUGUCGCACAGAUGCUCUCCAAGAGCUCAAGAUAGCGAUCGACGAGAUGCUUUCACUCAUUCACGUCAAGAACUCACAGGAUCUCAAAGCGCACUGUGCGAACGUACACAAUGCCGGGUCGGGCUUCGUCGACGACCAGCUCGUACGCAUCGACGCCAGCCAUCUCGCGCGCGCGUGGGAAAAUCAAGUCUGGGAUCGCACGUAUGAGACGGACUCAAACAUUGACAAAUACGUCGAGCAGAUGGACAUCGACGUUGCGGAUCUCGGACUGUGGGCGCAGCACUUUGACAGCGAGUUGUGCGGGUACGACGUGUUUCGCGAGCACUUGUUCAUGUCCUUUGCAGGCGAUGAGACGGUGUUUGGGCAGAUGAAGAAGGAGGAGGGUAUGUUUGGUGCGUUGAAGAUCAAGUUCACGGCGCCUGCUGCAGCGCAAUGCUUUGUUCCGCGCGGUGCGCGUGGUGUGGAGGACAUUGUGUUCAAGUUUGACGGACUCACUGUUGACGCUGGAUCAUGUUCUGGGGUACGAGAUAGUUCUGGAGACGUGGAGAUGGAAGGCUGA